AUGCCCUACUCUGUACCAACAUCACCGACCCCCGCCCCGCUGCCGACACCCUCUCAAGGCCGUCCAGGACACCGCCGGUCCUUCUCUUACACCUCCACCGACCCAUCCAUCCCAGCCUCCACCUCGUCCUCCUCCGGAAACGCCGGAAUUGGAGGCGCGUUCGCGUCCCUCGGCUCCCUUCCCCGACGGAAACCGGCCUCUUUCCACAUCGCGGCCGACGACGACGACGACGACGACAACUCUGGAUCAGAAGAAAACUCGCCUCCAAAGGACCCAGCACCGAUCUCGUCGACGACGUCCAGGUUCCAGCCACCGUCGACGGCGCGGUUUGCGGGUGCCAAUGUCAAAGUGACGCCAGCGGGCAAGCCUGCGCAUCUGACGACCGACGAUGAGGACGACCAGGCUGCCAGAGGGCUGCCGCCUUUGAAGCUCAGAAUCCCUGGGACGGCUUCGCCGAACACCCUCCCGUUCCCCAAGACGACGAGCCCACCGAGAAGCAGGACGUCGUCCAGCGUCAAGUCUCCAUCGCCGACGACCAGAAGCGACCCAGCCCGCCCCAACAUCCAGCGCACGUCCUCCGCCAUCCUCCUCGCCAACGGCAAACCACUCAAGUCGUCGCUGAAGAGUUCGAGCUCGUCGCCCAACAUCCCAUUCCCAUCUCAGUCCCUGGUGCCGUCGAGGAUGUACGCUGAGAUCGCGGCUCAGCAGCAAAAGGAAUCGCAGAAUGCCGUUCCGCAGAACCAGAGACAUACCCGUGCAGCCUCUGCACCCAACCUGCCCAACUUUGACCCCAACUCGACUGGCUCGUCGCCCUCGGAUACCCCCGACUACUCUCUGACCGUCCCAUCCACCCCCUCCGCCCCCAAGGCCGUCCACUUCCCGUCCUCUGAAGAAGGCGGGCUCACCACCGUCCGCGUCUUCAAGCGAACCGCCAAACCUGUGUCGUUGCUCAUGAGUGGAGGGGAGGAGACGGAGACGGAGACGGAUGGUGAAGGGUACAACUCGGGUGGGGCGAACAACGGUGUGUAUCACUAUGGCAUUCAUAACGCGUGGGGUUUUGGAAGCGGGUAUAGCAACCCCUGGGACCGGUAUACCCGGCAGAACCAGAACAGUGCGGCGGCGAGAGGGCCUAACGGCUACCCCUUCCCCAGGAUGGCUGGGUCGAUUGCCAAACAGUCGCCGCUUGGCCAAGGCACCAAGGGCGCACCGACGACACUCACGAGCGCGACGAACGCUACCAAGACGGGAUCCACCGCCAAACGGAAAGAGAAGAAGAGGAUUGUGUAUGAACUCGAUACGGAUUCGACCUCGGUGAUGCCCAAACGCGACCUUUGCCUUUUCGACAACGUUUUCCUCGAGUCUGUGAGCCUUAGCUGCGACAAGGCUUCGUCUUCUCCAUCGUCGUCUCCUUCGUCUUCGGAGGACGACGAUGAUGAUUCUGCUGCUGGCGUUUCGCCCAGGCUGCAGGCUACCCUCCAUGGAACUCUCAUCGUUCGCAACGUCGCAUACGAGAAGCAUGUUUCGAUCCGAUUCACACUCGACGACUGGCAUACCACUAGCGAAGUCAAGGCGGCUUACAAGGAGAGCUUGCCCAGCCUGCCCGAGCGAUGGGCUAAAUGGGUCUGCGGCGAUCGCCAACAAAUGCCCCCUCCUGAAGCAAUUCCUCCCAGUAAUCAAGUAGCAGGGUCCAACCCUCAGUGGGACCGCUUCUCAUUCUCGAUCAAUCUCUCCGACUAUGCACGCUCCCGCAGCCUCUCCAACCGCACCCUCUGGCUCGUUGUCCGCUACAACGUGCCCUCCGACGUCCGAGUCCCUGUCCCCGUCGGUCUCCCCGGCUUCAUCUUUUCCUCUCCUUCCUCUUCAUCCCUCGCUUCACCCACCUCGUCCUCCACCGAGUCGCAGCUCCUCGCGAGGUGCGAUCGGGAGAUGGUGGACGUACUUGUUAGGGGCUUGGGUGAGAGCUCUCCGCGGGUGCGGGCUCUCGUCGAUUUGGAGUUGCGGAAGCGGCAAGUUGGUGUUGGUGCUGGUAUGGGGAACGAGUGGUGGGACAAUAACGCGAGUGGAAAUUACAGGAUUGGGUUUAGGGAGAAGGAGGUUGUUACUUCGAGGCCUGUUAGUGAGGCUGGUGUGGAGGAUGGCAAGGCUGAGGGUGCAUUGCAGCAGAGGAGGAAGAAUGUGUUGAGUUGUCCUCCUACAUUUACGAACGCGACGCCGCCCCCGCCGUCGCUUUAUUACUCGAGUCUGAGCCCGCCUCAGAUUUCGUCUUCGACCUCGCUCGAUUCCGGGAAACCUUCCACCUCCACCUCGUCGUUCGGCCCAGCCACCGGUUCAUUCGCGACUGGCGCCACGCCCUCGAUCAACACCGCUCGCCGGGCAGAGACUAACAAGGCGAUGGCGGAGACGACGCUGGAGAGGUUGAAGAAGCUCAACCUCCGGAACUAUGCUGCGCCUUCCGUCGCCACGUUUGGUGCAGUUGGGAGGACGGCGAGUAGUCCAUUGCCAUUGAGCGGGGCUGUUGCUGUUCCUGGUGCUUCUGCCCCCGGGAACGCUGCUGCAGGUUCGUCUGCUGGUGCUGGUGCUGGUUCGACGUCGUCAAGCCCACCCGGUCCUGCGAGCGAAACGAGCACCAACGACUCGACGCCCUUGACCAGCCCAUUGCAUACACCUACUAUGGGCCAUGUGGAUAUCGUCGUCGUUGGCGAGGAUUCCAACAAGGGGGGCGAGUGGAAUGAGGAUGGGAGUGGGGAUGGCAAGUUGAAGCCGUUGUUGAGUCGUAACUCGACUGCCAGCACUGUGAGGCGGGCUAGUCCGCCUGGGUCUGGAACUUCGACGCCGACUUCGACGACUCUCAGCACCACGACUGCCAACACCUCCAACACCGCCGCUGCACCUUCCUCGUCGACUCCAUCGUCUUCGGUCAUCCAGAUACCCGGGAAGAAAGAUGGUAGUGAACUGCUCUCUCCGUUGUUGGAGCCGUUCAUGUCUGGUGCUGCGAUAGGCAUGGGUAUGGGAGGAGGAGUCCGUGGGAUGCCUGAGCUCGGCACCUCGCCUCCGUUUUCGAGUUUGGCGGAUGUGUCGAUGAAUGGGGGAGGGUUUGGGAUGGGUGGGAGGACGCUUUCGAUGAUUAGUUUGAGUGAUGGGUGGGAUCAUCGUGGGCCUGCUGCUGCUGCUGGUGCUGCGUCUGGUGGGUUGAGGACAUUGGAGGGUGGUGUGGAGGAGAGAGAAGAGGGUGUGAAGGAUGAUGUCGCGACCACUGCCGCUGCUGGAAACGCCACCAACGGGGCAGGGAAGAAGGAGUACGAGUUGGUCUUCCCGCUUUCACUUAAACCGCGCCAGAUGAUCCUCGAGGAUAUCCGCCAGAAGAGCACGAGUAGUCCGCCUAGGAGUCCUGCUGGGAGUCGCACGGGUUCGCCUGCGUUUGGUGGGAAGGCGGGUGUGAAGGAUUUGCCUGUGUCGACCUCCUCUUCCUCCUCCCCGUCUCUCGCUCCUGCUUCGACUGUGGAUUCGUCCACCGCGAAUGGACAGAUGACGACGACCAUCGCUACGCCUAAACCGACUGUUCCGGGUCUUGGAAGGGUUGGUGUGGUGGGUGCUUCUGGGAGUCCGAGGGGAACUGUGAGCCCUAGUGGAAGUGGGAGUGAAUCGUCCUCUGGCUCUGGUUCUGGGUCGGGAUCAGGUUCGGGAUCAGGGUCCAAGUCCUCCAAGUCGUCCUCGGGUUCGUCUGGAUCUGUCGGGCGUGGUUCGAAGUUGUCUGCUUCUCAACACCAGCAAGGACGCGAUCAGCGACAUGAACAUGAACAUCGUCAGCAUGGGUCGAAGAGGCACGCGAGGUCUUCUGGAGCCGGCAAGGGAGGGCUUGGGCUUGUGUUUGGCGCUGGUGCUGGUGGGUCGGGAGCGGGGUCUCCCCUUGGGAGUAUGUCGACGCCGCCUACUUCGCCUAAUAUACCUGAUGGGUAUGGUGGGGGCGCGUAUCCUGGUAGUCCUACUUACAACCCCGGGAGUCCUACCUACCCCGGUAGCCCGUCCGCUUCAAGCAGCGUUUAUCCUGGACGACAGAACGGGCAUGCGGAUGAUAUCCGUGAUCCUGAUUCGAUUUAUCAAGCGUUUGUGAGGCAGUGGUGUUUUGCGAGUGGGCCUUCUCCUGCGCAGAGUGGUGGGUUUGGAGGGUUGAGUGAGAGGAGGAAGGUUCUUUGA